AUGCGGGCACGCCAUCCGCCGCAGCCCGUGCAACGGAUUCCGCGAACGCUCCUGCAUCCAGCCAAGCCCCGACUGCAGCCAAGCCAGCCCCGACUGCCGGCGCCAACGCUUCGCAAGCAUCCGCUCAAUCCAGAGCUGCAAGAGCUCCUGCACAUUGCCGCUUCAGGCAAGGCCAACCCGAAUCAGCUGAAAGCGCUUGGUGUGUGGAUUCAAGCCAUCACGGCUCAGCUCAGACAGGACGAGGCUCGCAACGCAGCGGCAGCCAGCAAUUCAGCCGGAUCGUCGGGUUCUCGCGCUGGCAACGCCGGGUCGACUACCGCAGAAGGAAAAAAGUCGAAAAAGACCAAGGUUGACGAAGCGGCCAAGGCGAGCAAGAAGCAGGCCAAGAUCGAAGAGCGCGAAGCCAAGAAGAAGGCCAAGGCCGAGGCUAGGGCGAAAGCGCAAGCGGACAAGCAGCUGGCGCAGAAGCAGCAAAAGGAAAAGCAGCAAACGCUUCAGCAGCAGCAGCAACAGCAGCAACCUCAGCACGGGCUCCAUCAGCAACAGCACACAGCACACCAGACGCCGCUUUCGAACAAGCUGCGCCACCCUCCUCCUGGCUGGCCCACAGAUGGGCCUCCCAAGCCGCCCGUGAUUAUCGUCGAGUUCCGCGAAAAUCCAAGCAUGCGCUUCAUCCUUCCUUUGUGGAAGUGCUUGGUGGAGCGUACCGAGGGCAUCGAGCGGCCGUCGCUUCCCAAAGUCAAGAAGGAAAGGCGCAGCUUCUUUGACAAUGAUUCGGACGACGACGAAAGCCAGCGGAUUGAGCCGGAGCUAAAGCUGAGCUUCUUCGCCCCGUCUCUUGGCUCGGACGCAGCCGAUGGCAGUGGACUGCGCGAGCUGGAGGAGGAAUUAAAACGCAAAGCGGCUGAAGAGGCCAAGCUCAAAGGCGCCAACGCUUCAGCCACAGGGAUCAACAGCAAUGCUGCAGCUGAUGGCGCGCCUUCCUCGACAGCUUCGCCCGAUGCUACAUUCCAACCUGCAAGCGGCGACAAGACCAGCCCCGAAGAUGCUGCAUCAUCGCACGUUAAGAAGAAGAAAGGUGGAGCCGGAGCUGGCAGUAAGAAGAGUAGCAAAGCAAUCAAGCAGGAAGCGCCGGAUGCAAGCAUGCCGUCCGACCUCUCGCAGAGCAAGAAGCACGAGGUGUAUCCGCUCACGUGGAGCAUCAAGGGCGGCGUCACCGAGAGCCUCUGGGAGGCAUUUGGGCGUGUACCGGGUACCAUGACGUGCCAGCCUGUCAAGCGCGAGCCCGAGAUUGAGCUCGAGCCGGACGUAGCCGAGUUCUUGGUGCCCGAGAUUCGAUACCAUUUGCUCGACCUGCCCAUGGAGGAGAUCAAGAUUCAGAAGGAGACGAGCGACACAUUUGUGGAUCUGUACAGCCAGAUGCCGGAUCGACGAUUUAUCUUGCCACGCGUCGCUCCAGCGCUCUUGCCGCAGGGAUUGGAGGACCAUCUGCAGGACCGUUUUGCGGUGCGACCUCAGUGCGUCCAGGGUCGACCGAUGGUGAAGCGCAAGGCGGGUGCACGCGAAGACGACGUGAGCUUCUCGUACGAAGGCAUCGGACUCACGGUAAUUGGGCCCAACGGGGUCAAGACGGAGCCCGGAGCGACGCCGCCCAAGCCACCCAAGCGCAAGCGCCAUGUUGCCACGCACAAUCCGGACGGCUCGAUCAAGAGCUGCGGAGCGUGCGGCAAGACCAAGACACCCAUGUGGCGCCGUGGGCCCAAGGGCCCUUCGCAGCUGUGCAAUGCGUGUGGAGCUCGAUGGAAGGCAGGUCGCCUGGUGGUGCCCGAUGUGGCACCUCCGCCAAUCAUCGAAGCGGAAGAGGAUAAGAGCAAGGAAGACGAGGCACGCAAGGAGGACGAAGCGCAAGCGUCGAUGCACGGCAGCAAUGCGCUGGUGAUCCCACAGAGCUCGAGCGCCGACGAUGGCAGCUACACGGUCAUGGCGUCGAGUGGGUUGGUGGGCGCAGCUCCGUAUGGCGAUCCGUUCUCACUCUCGUCAGAGGGCAAAGGUGGGAUGGACUUUGGCUCGAGCCACCUGAGCCGCGGGUCGUCGAGCCCUAGCCCGUUCAUCCGUUCGCCCGUUCCAGAAGACGAUGUGAUGCCAGCCUCGGUGGACCCGAGCAUGCUUUCAGGAUCCAAUCGGGUGUUUUCGCACCGACGAUGA